UAUCUGGGCAUCUGCAAAACCAGUGAACUUCACAUACCUUCAAAUCAUAGCAGCAUUGUUUAGAUUCCAGAGCAGUGUCCAAGCAAAGGACUAGCAAGAUAAGAAUUUUGAGCAAAUGUGUAUCCUUAUCAGCCUAAGUAUAUUGAGUAUAUUCGUGCAGUUAUCAAUUCUUUAUUGAAUGAUAAUCACAUGGUCCAGGAGCCAAGGCUGCAGCAGUCAGUGACAGGGUAUGUUUGGUACUCAAGGGGCUUUCCAGUGCAGCAGAGGGAUGGACCUUGGCAUGCCCUGCCACAGCAUCACUGAGUGGGGGACACAGAGCACUGUGGGCAUUGAUGCAGUGUCACCCCCAGUCUUGGGGUUCAGGACAGGCCUCACCAGGAUCUUGCCUGGCCUGUACAUCGGCAACUUCAAAGAUGCAAGAGACGCAGAGCAAUUGAGCAAGAACAAGGUGACACAUAUUCUAUCUGUCCAUGAUAGUGCCCGGCCCAUGUUGGAGGGAGUUAAAUACCUGUGCAUUCCAGCAGCAGAUUCACCAUCUCAAAACCUGACAAGACAUUUCAAAGAAAGUAUUAAAUUCAUUCAUGAAUGCAGACUCCAAGGUGAGGGCUGUCUGGUGCACUGCUUGGCUGGGGUCUCCAGGAGUGUGACGCUGGUGAUUGCUUAUAUCAUGACCGUCACGGACUUUGGCUGGGAGGAUGCCCUGCACACCGUGCGUGCAGGGAGAUCCUGUGCCAACCCCAAUCUGGGCUUCCAGAGGCAGCUCCAGGAGUUUGAGAAACAUGAAGUCCACCAGUAUCGGCAGUGGCUGAAGGAAGAAUAUGGGGAGAAUCCUUUGCGGGAUGCAGAAGAAGCCAAAAACAUUCUGGGUAAAUAUAAAGAGCAAGGGCGUGUGGAGUCCCAGCCUGGCACCAGGCGGUGGAGCAGCUUUUCGGCCCUGCCUCCCCUGGCCUACAAUAACUAUACCACAGAAACCUAACACAGAGGGAUCUGGUGCCUUCCUUCCUGCUGCUUGUCUUCCGGGUUGCCUGCAGGCUCCCUGUGGUGUGCUGGUGUGCUGGCUACUUCCUCCAAGGACUGCAAAGUGAAUGACCACUGCAAAGUGGACAGCUCAGGGCUCUUUCCCCAGUGACCCCACCCAGUCCCAGACCCUUUUACUUCACCCACCUUCCCCCCUGACCUUGGAUCAUGGCCUCACCUGAGCUUGCUGUACCUGGGAUGCUACUGGGCUCACACACACACACACACAACGUGUGCACAUGUGAGCGAGUGCAUAUGUACAGCACUUAAAAACAUGUGAGAGUGUAUGCCUGUGAGCGUGUAGAAGGGUAUGCAUUGUGUGAGGGUGUGUGCAUGUGACUGUGUCUGUGUGGGUGAGCUAUGAAUGUUUGUAUUGCUGGGAGUCAUAAAAUUCAUGCUGCCAGGAUUGGCAUGGCCACCUUUCCCUUUGGCUCCAGAUGGAAGGCAUUUGAAUUUGACUUCUGAAAAGCUUCUCAGCAAGCAGCAUGGAAGGUAUUCUAUGCCUGGGAGCAGAGGUUGGGAACUCAGGGCAUGAGCAGCUGAAAGCAAUAGCCUCUCCCAGAACCUGGGAUGGUAUAGUGGGGAAAGAUGGGGCCCAGACCCCUUCUGAGGGAAGGUGGCUCCAGGGACCCUGGAAGGUGUUGGGGGGUGGAGGGCAUACUCAGUAUUGCCUCAAGCUUAGUAUAAGUGCACCAGGCCCUGUACUCCUUGCUGCCUCAAGUCAAGGCCACCCAUCAUGUGUCUGGGUUCUAAGUGAUGUUUGUUCCAUGUAAGACUGACCUUGAUUGAAUUCCAUGAUGAGCAGGAGUACAUCAGCCAAACUUGGCAUACACUGUUGGGCCCUUCCUGUCUCCUCCUGUCCAGCUUCAUGCACUCCCAGCCUUGCUGUUCUCACUUUGCAGGGCCUUUCUCGAGGUUUGCAUGUACCUACAGGAAAUGGAAAGGAAGAAUAUUUGUUAGACACUGUAGAUGUUUGCAUUUCAAAAUGCCUGAUCAUUUAUUAAGUUCCUUGGUGUAUGCUGUGGAUUUGAUCUUUGAUCUCAGCUACCUCAUUAAAUAAUGUUUGAAAAGUU